GAAACGGAACAGAAUAACUAAUCUUUGUAUUUAGGCUGAAAUUAAUAAUUGUGAUUCUAAUAACUUACAAAAAUGUUUUAAAAAGCAUAAUUAUGUUGUGAAUAGUGAAUAUCUGGAAGCAUUGUCCAAUUUACUUUUACUCGAUAUGAAAAACUUCCAAAAAGAAAACUUUUGUGUCAAGUUUAAACAAAAAUUUCCAGUGUCAAAAAAAUAUUUCGUACCAAUCUGUUUUGUGAAGGUGAAUUCUACUUAAUCAAAUCUGCCAAAAUAAUUUUAAUUAAAAAAAACUAAAACAUUACAAAAUAGAACAAAUUUAUCUGCAUAUUUUUUCAAUAAAGUUUCUGUCGUAAAGUUCAAGUAACGAUAAAUAUGAAGUUCAUUCAUGAGAUCAGCAUAAGAUGUUUUAUUGCAAAACGUAAAUCAAAAGCAAAACAGUUUUGUGAUAAAUAAUAUCCAAUAAGUUGACAGAAAAAAAAACUUUAAAAAGGAACAAAAUCUCGUGGAAAGACAGAAAAAACAUUAAAAAUGUCAUUAAUUAAUAAUAACGUCGAUGACGAUAGCAUGAAGCAUAAUGAUUAUCAGCAGAGUGUUCUAACCAUGCAAAAAUCCGUCACAAUUACUGUGACGCCACAGCGAAGCAAUUCGUUAGAUUAUCUUAAUUUCGAAGAGAAACGGCAAUUGAUAGCAUCAUCGCUAUCUCUAUCUGAUAUCCUUCAAGUUGGACCAGCAGUUGCUCAAGCUGCUAAAGAUGUGGCUGCUGCAAGUAGUGUUAUAGUGAAAAAACACAAUGGAACAACGCUUCGCACUACCAGUUUGAAUUCAGGAAUAAGAACUCCACCGCUAGAACGAAAGAGUAAAUUCAGUGCUCUUGGGCGUCUUUUUAAACCCUGGAAGUGGCGCCGAAAAAAGAAAAGUGAAAAAUUUGAAGCCGCUUCAAAAUCACUAGAACGUAAAAUUUCUGUGCGUGCCAAUCGUGAAGAACUGAUACAAAAAGGUAUUCUUCUACCAGAAAGUAUGACAACGAUAUUAGAGCCAGAUGAUGAGAUACCAUACACAAGUCCAACAAACUCUACCGUCCUAAUCAGCCCAACAAGUAUGAUAUCUAAUAGCUCAGCAAUCAGUGUGCCUUCGUCCCAAUCGGCGCAUUUAAUUUCACCUCUGAAUGUGAAUAACAAUCAGAAUCAACAAAUCAUAAACAAUAGCAACCAAAACGGAAGCUUAGUUUCGCACUCACUAUCAGCACAUCAAUUAGGACAUGUGACAGCUCCACAGCAGCCACAUACGCCACUCGUUGCUCAUCAUCAAGCACUUCAGCAACAGCUACAGAAACAUUUUGCCAACAAUAAUAUGGGUACGUUACAAGAUAUGAUUGUAGACAAGUUUCACAUAAGUGAAGCGAACAAUGAAAACUUUAACGUACUGGAUGGAAUUCCUAUAUCCCCAAUUACCCCUCCAGCUGCUUUUCUUCCAACCGGUUACAAGCGCAUGGAACCGAGAAAAGAAAAGACUGAAAGUAGUAAUGGCAACAGUAAUGCGCUAUCGCCACAAGAACAUCAACAUCAACAGUCAAAUCUACAUAUGAUGACACAGGACCGAAGUGGAAUGGCAGUCGAACCAGUAAUAAAACCAGAAAGGCCAAAUUCACUUGGACCAAAAUUAUCGAAACGUAUUAACUUUUAUCAUGAUAACUAUCAAGAUAAUCAAAAGAAGAUGCCUGACAGUCCGCUGCAAUCAAAUAAUAAUAUCAUCAGCAAUAGCCAAAUGUCGCAUCAGCAUCAUCAUCAACAACUUCAACAGCAGCUUCAACAGCAUUUGAAUAGUGGAUAUAUGUCGAAUGGUAUGUCAGGUUCUGGAGUGGGUGGAAGUGGCAAUUAUGUCGGUAACAAUGUUAUGUUAUCCGAGUUGCCAGAACCACCCAUGUCAGUAUCGGAAAUUGGUCCAAUUCCCCCUCCGCCAAUGUUCUCUACACCGAGCCCAACAAUGGUUGCGGGACGUCCACAUGGCCCAGGCGUUCAUGGAAUGAGUAAUCAUGAUUAUGACUAUGAUGAUGAAGAUCAAGAUGAACUCGAUUCGGAUGAUGAGUACUAUUCCAAUCAAAACAUUGACACUUCGAGAAUUGACGAGAUACCGGCAAAAGAGCCAAAAUUUAAUGCCGUGCCAUUGAAAUCAGCUUUAAAGAAGAAAUCAUCAAACCCUGGUACGCCGACACAAGAAGGAAGUCGGACACUACUUGAACGUCAAGCUAAUUCUUCAUUUAAGCCAAUUCUGCGACCGCGGAUUCGUAUAUGUUCACGUCCUAUUCGAUUCGGUAUUGGAUUACCAUGCACACUAGAAAACAAGGAGAAUGCAAGACCGUAUGGCGCUUCGAAUGAAUCUGCUGGUACAUCGAAUGACGAUGAUGACAGCGAUUCAAAUGAUGGUCCUAUAUUAUACCGUGACGACCCUGUGGGCACAGAUCGUGCAGCAAAAAUAGCUAGAAAAGAAAGUUUAUCUUUGAAGCUUGCAUUAAGACCGGAUCGUCAGGAGCUUAUCAAUCGAAAUAUCUUGAGAUUACAAACAGAAAAUGAUCAACAAGAGACGAAAGAAGCAAUUGGAGCUCGAUUGAUUCGAAGACUUUCCAUGCGUCCCACAGCUGAAGAACUUGUUGAACGGAACAUAUUAAAAAUCCAAACACCAGAAGAACAAAAGAAAUCCAAAGAAGAGAAGAAAAGCUAUUUGUUAAGAAAACUAAGCUUCCGCCCAACAGUCGAAGAACUUAAAGAAAAGAAAAUAAUUCGGUUUAAUGAUUAUAUUGAAGUUACACAAGCUCAAGACUAUGAUCGACGAGCUGAUAAGCCAUGGACACGACUUACACCGAAAGACAAGGCUGCAAUUCGCAAGGAACUAAAUGAAUUUAAAAGCUCAGAAAUGGCUGUUCACGAAGGAAGCCGUCAUUUGACAAGGUUUCAUAGGCCAUGACAACUGAAUCGUGAAUUCAAUGGUUUCAUCUUUACUAUGUACAUGAUUCAAUUUGCUAUUGAGAUAUUUGCAUUGCAACUUAAUAAUGAGUUCAUAAUGACGAUGACUGUUUUUGCAACUUCCGCUAUAAAAUUAUUUAGUGACAAAAAUCAUGAAGAAACAGUAAAAUUAAAAAAAAGAAAAGCAUAUAUACUGUGAUAAUGUUGAAGUUAUUAUAGGACGAUGUUACCCUUUCCUUCCCAUUUCAUCCUUCAAUAUCUCACCCAAGAAGGGUGAAUGAUGGCAUUUUACAUUAAAAUUAAUUAAUCAAUUUUCAAAUAACGCGAAAGCAGAUUGCAUACAACAUACUUAUUGGUUUUUGUGUUCCUUCAAAUAAAUGCUUUGUUUAAUCAAAUGAAAAGAGGGAGAAUUAAAACAAUAUACAUAUAAUCCUUUUCUAGCAUUCGAUAGUAACUUUUCAAUGAGUAAAAUAAUGCUGAGCAAGGGCUGUUUAUACUAAUGUCUGCAUACAUAUAUUUUUCCACGAAACAACUUAAUCUGCUUUGAAUUUUGGAAGAAGGAAAUAAAAAUCGUUUGAGAAAUGUUUCACCCAUCAUAUUCAUAAAGCAUAAUAAAAAUAUAUUAAAUAAAUAUUCAAAAAUAAUACAUUGUUCUAGAUGAUCGGGAUGAUUUUUACAUGAAAAUCAGUCAGUCACACUCAAUAUUGAGAUACAAAACAAACUGAAUGAAAUGUUUCAGUUCUUAAAUAAUAAAGACAAAUGAAGGGAUGAAAAAGAAUUAUUAUAAAGCAAUUUAUGUGUGGAAAAGGAGUUUACAUUUUUUUUUGGUUUGUUUGUUUAACAACAUAUGACCAUUGAAUCAUUAAAUAUUCAAUAAUGUUUUCACUUUAAAAAUAUGAAGAUUCAAAUAAAGCGUCUUUAAAUUUGCAUUCUUAUUUAUAAAUUUAUGUUUUGUGAAAAAUAUAAAGUUAAAUGUUUUAAAAAACAAUUCACUUCAUAUACAUAUCGGAUUGUAUGCUUUUGAAUUUCCAUUUGUUUCAAUAAUUGUUUUCUUUUUAUUUUUGUAUGUAGUAAUUUAAAUUUUUUAAGUUAUGCUCACGAUCAAAACUGUUUAAUUCAAAAACUUUAGUUACGUCCAUGAAGAUUUUUCCAAAAAUUCGCUUAUUAUCACAAUACUUUCAAUUGUGCAAUUUUCAAUGAAAAAAAUGUUUUCAAUGCUUGAAGCAAUAAUCUUUCUUAGAUAUUUCAACUUUUCUUUCCAUGUCAAGAUCAACUUAUAAAAAAAGUCUGUUACCGAAAGNCCAUUGCAUUUUUGUUUCAAACGAAUAUUCGACGAAAACAGCCACAGAACAAUUUCUAAUAAUUUAUUGUUAAUGAAGUAAACAUUGUGAGUAAUGAUAAUCAUUUCAGUUUAAUAGAUAUUUUAAAAUCUUAGCAAUUAAGUUUAUUCUAAGGAAAAGUUGAAAAAAUGUUCUUUUUUUAAUGCAAGACAAGAAAUAAUAAUAUCUAAUAAUUAUCAUAAAAAAAUUUAAUCAAAAGAAAGGAAGGAAAAAAAGGUAAAUUAUAAAUAAACAAGAAAGUUCAAUAAAAACAAAUAUCCAUAAAUAAGUAUAACUGCAAUUUGCAGUGUUUUAUUUGCAUAAAAUUCAUUGAAAAUUAAAGAAUAAUUGGAAAAUGAAUCUGAAAUUGAUUAAAGAUGAAGAAGGAAGAUUAUGCAAAACUAAUUACCUUAUAUUAAUUAAUAUUUUUUCAUAAAUGAAAGGAAUAAAACGCGUUUGAAUAUUAGUAAAAUAGAAAGAAAUACUCCGCUAAAUAAAUUUGAUAAUUAAAAGAAUUAUUGAAAAGUAAAUGCAUAAACAAUAAAAAAAAUUAUUGAAUGUAUGUUUCAUAACGGUUUUAAUAAAUGAAANCAAUUCUAGGGUAAGUAACAAAU